GUCGUUUUUCAUUGUCAUGGUCGCUUCACACCCAUGGUCACGAGAAUUGGAAUAUCAAGCGAAUGGAUGGUCUGCUCUUGGUCGUGUUAUUGGUGGUGAUAUGGAGACUCCGAUGGUAUGGUUUGGUGCCGUGAUAUGA